UAAAUCAACCUUUGACUCGCGUAGUAGUAAACAACUCUUCACUCCUCAGCAACUUAACAACAAAAUGCGCAUGCUCUUUAUGUUUUCAUUUAGCCUAGUGAUGGCAUAUGCCAGUCCUUUGCUGAAAAGCAAAGAGCUGUAUAGAAAAGUCAAAAACCAUAUGUUCGGUGUCAACAUGGAUUGUGGACACUGUGGCGGCAUACACACCGUGCAGCCGAUGGGCAUGGCCCCAAUGCCGAAUGUCUACGCAGAAGCAUAUAAUCCAACGAUACAAUUACACGGCGAGUCAGCGGCGGUUUCAAGCGCUAGCAAUGUCUACAAUUCUCAAGAAUAUGCUCCUGCCCACAUGAAUCAUUUCUUGAAUGCUAACGGUGGAAGAACACAUCAUUUUAGAAGUGAUGAACGUCCAGCUCCCGCUUUGAAUUACGCCAAUAACCAUUAUGCACAAGUGGAGAAUGCUGCUGCAGCUUCCACAGCUAUCGAUCAUAGCUCAUCUACAUUAUGGCAGCAUGAGGAGAACGCGCAAGCUGCAAGUAGAGCACAACAAUUGACAGUUCAUGGUGGCGGUGCUGUACCACCAGUCCCUGCGAGCCCUGUUUGGAUUGAAGGCGGUCAGUACAAUGCAUAUUCACCUUUGGGCGCAGCUGCAGCAGCCCAAUCUGCUUCGUCCGCUUGGAGUCAGCAAAAUGGUAACUAUGGUCAAAAUAACGGACAUGGUGUGGCCUUUGCUCAUGCUAGUUCUACUUCGUGGAGCUCAAAUAAUUCCGGCUGAGCGAGUUUUAUGUUAAGUUAAGUUUAAAAGUUUAAAGACAGAAAUUGUAGAAUUUAUGCUAUUAA